UGCAUGGACUUCAGUGCAGCACAAUGGCUCCCACCUGGCCAGAGUCAAAAGCUCUCAUGGAGAAAGCCCACAGCCUGUGAUUUUCAAGUACAUGGCCAGCAUGGACCAACUCCAGGCCCUAAUUGACCAGGCGGACCACUGCCAACAGGAGCUAGCUUUCCACUGCAGGAAGUCAAGGCUUUCAGCUCACCUUGAUGGAACCCCAGUGAGCUGGUGGGUUGGAAGAACCAAUGAAACACACACUUACUGUGGAGGUUCUCUGCCUGAUGCUCAAAAGUGUACUUGUGGAUUAGAGGGGAACUGCAUUGAUUCUCAAUAUCACUGCAACUGUGAUGCUGACCAGGAUGAAUGGACCAGUGACACAGGAGUCCUUUCCCAUAAGGAGCACCUGCCAGUCACUCAGGUUAUGAUGACAGAUGCAGGCCGGCCACACUCUGAAGCAGCUUAUACCCUGGGGCCUCUGCUCUGCCGAGGGGACAAUUCAUUUUGGAAUUCAGCUUCAUUCAAUACUGAGACUUCGUAUCUUCAUUUCCCUACAUUCCAUGGAGAGCUCAGUGCUGAUGUGUCUUUCUUUUUUAAGACAACAGCUUCUUCUGGGGUGUUUGUAGAGAACCUGGGUAUCACAGACUUUAUCAGACUAGAACUGCACGCUCCCACAGAAGUGACCUUUUCCUUUGAUGUGGGGAAUGGUCCUUGUGAAGUCACAGUACAGUCACCCACUCCCUUUAAUGACAACCGAUGGCAUCACGUGAAGGCAGAAAGAAAUGUUAAAGAAGCAUCUCUCCAAGUGGAUCAGCUCCCUCAAAAGUUUCAACCUGCCCCCACUGGUGGGCACCUCCUCUUGCAGCUCAACAGCCAGCUCUUCAUUGGUGGAACGGCCAGCAGGCAGAGGGGCUUUCUGGGGUGCAUUCGGUUUCUGCAGUUGAACGGGAUGGCUCUGGACCUGGAGGGAAGAGCCAAGGUGACUCCAGGAGUGGAGGCAGGGUGUGCAGGACACUGCAGCAGCUAUGCACACUUGUGUCACAAUGGGGGCAUAUGUCAAGAACGGCACAGAGGAGUGGCUUGCGACUGUACAUCCUCUGCCUAUGAGGGCCCAUUCUGCUCACAUGAGAUUUCUGCCUAUUUUGGAGCUGGUUCCUCCAUAAUCUACAGUUUUCAAGAGCAUCACAAUUACACCUUCAAUGGGAACUCCAGCUCCUUAGCAGCUUUAUUUCAUGAGGAGCUAACACUAACCAGGGAAAUAGUCACCUUGAGCUUCCGAACCACGGGGACUCCCAGCCUGCUGCUGUUUGUAGGCUCUGUCUAUGAGGAGUACCUUUCAGUUAUCCUUGCCUCCAAUGGAAGUUUGCAGAUCAGGUAUAAGCUAGACAGACACAGAGAGCCAGAUGUUUUUAACUUUGAUUUUAAAAACCUGGCUGAUGGGCAACUUCACAAUGUGAAGAUUAACAGAGAAGCUGCAGUGGUCUUUGUAGAGGUUAACCAGAAUGCAAGGAGAAGAGCCACUCUGUCAUCAGGGAUGGAAUUCAAUGCUGUCAUAUCUCUUGUGUUGGGGAUGAUUUUAG